GACAUCGGUUAUCACAGCAGGGACAUCCACAGUCCGACGCUGGACAAACUGGCGGCAGAAGGAGUCAUACUAGAAAAUUACUAUGUUCAGCCGCUGUGCACCCCGUCCCGCAGCCAGCUCAUCACGGGCAGGGAAUGGUAGCCUUUUCCAACAAUAUCGCCCUCUAUUACAUCUUGGAGAACUGGGAUAUUUUGCAACCAUUUUUGUUGCAACGUCAGUUGAAUGUUUUUUACCUACAUGAGGGCAUUUUUCCAUCAUCUCAGUCACAACAAUUCGGACCAUUUGCCUCCUUAGUUUUGGGCCCGGCCUUUUUCCCCUCUCUAAAGCCUGCAUCACUUCCUGAGGAAAUUUUCUCCAUGGAAUUUCAAAGUUGUCGUCCCACUGUGUGUCAAGUCCUGGGCUGCUGGAGGACCUUGACGAUGAACUUUGGGGUGAAACAGAGAGCGAUGGGAAAGCAGCUUUCUGGCUUCUACAGGUCUUAAUGCUGUCAUCAAAUCUGCCUCCGUUACGAAGCGUAAAUCAUCAUACGUCUCAACUCUAAUGGACUGCAAGUGCUCUUCCAGGAUGUUUUUGUUUACUGCUUGAAGUUGUGGUUGGGCUUCCAUGAUGGCGACAUCUAGGAAGGUUCGCUCUGAGUCAGUCAUAUUUGCCCUGAAGAAAAAAAAAUGGCACCUUCAGACAGAACAGAAAAAAUAUACAGUACAUACACCUAACAGAGCAGAGACAUGCAUCAGAUAUCAAAUUCACACGGGCCUGCAGCAUUCCAUUAUCAGACCACGCCAGCCAAAUUGUCUCCCUUUAGACGUGGUCACACUCCCUCAACACCUACAGAAGGUUGGGUACUCUACUCACAUGGUGGGGAAGUGGCAUUUGGGCUUUUACCGAAAAGAUUGUUUGCCCACACGUCGUGGAUUCCACACAUACUUUGGUUCAUUGACUGGCAGUGUGGACUAUUAUACGUAUGGCUCAUGUGACGGCAAGGCCUUGUGUGGCUUUGACCUCCAUGAAGGUGAGACAGUGGCAUGGGGCAGAGGGGGCAAGUACUCAACUCACCUCUACACCCAGAGAGUGCGUAAAAUCUUAGCAACACAUGACUCAACCAGUCAGCCUCUUUUUAUCUUCCUUUCCCUUCAGGCAGUGCACACGCCUCUAAAGCCACCCAAAGAGUAUAUAUAUCCAUAUCGCCACAUGAGCAAUGUUCCCCGCCGGAAAUAUGCUGCAAUGGUUUCUAUUGUUGAUGAAGCGGUCCAGAAUAUUACUUAUGCACUGCGCAAAUAUGGCUUCUACCGUAAUAGUGUUGUCAUCUUCUCCACUGAUAAUGGAGCUCAGCCACUCACUGGAGGCAGUAAUUGGCCCCUGCGGGGGUGCAAGGGAACAUAUUGGGAAGGAGGUGUUAGAGGAGUGGGUUUUGUGCACAGUCCCUUGAUACGCCAACGAAGACGGGUCACCAAAGCCCUUAUACACAUUACUGACUGGUACCCAACCCUAGUUGGACUUGCCGGGGGCAAUAUAUCUCAGUUUCAAGGGUUAGAUGGGUUUGAUGUUUGGCCAACCAUUAGUGAAGGGAAAGAAUCCCCACGGACGGAAAUUCUUCACAACAUUGACCCACUCCAUCGACGUAGCCAGGGCUCAGUCAGGGAAGGCUAUGAAUUAUGGGACACGACUGUUCAAGCAGCCAUUAGAGUGGGUGACUGGAAACUCUUGACUGGUGAUCCAGGUCAUGGAGAUUGGGUGCCACCACAGGUCCUUACAAACUUCCCUAGUAGCUGGUGGAACUUGGAACAACAGAGUGGAAAAAACAGGAAAUCAAUUUGGCUGUACAAUAUUACAAAUGACCCUUGUGAACGGCAUAAUCUUGCAGUACAAAGGCCUGAUAUUGUUAAGAAACUCCUAGCACGACUUACAUUCUACAAUCACACAGCAUUGCCUGUUCGCUACCCCCCAGAUGAUGCCCGUGCGGAUCCUAGUUUAAAUGGAGGUGCAUGGAAACCUUGGGUAGCUGAUGAUGAAGAGGAGGAAAACUGGGAUGGAAUUUAUUACAAAAGAGGAAAGAAUCGUAAAAGGAAGAAAUGUAGGCUCUGCAAAAUACAAUCUUUCUUUAAGAAGUUUAAUUCAAAGAUCAUGUCAAACCAAAUGUAAUUAUUUAAUGUGUAACUCUUAUUUAAAGUAACUAUGAAUUAACUUCAUAUCAACAGUCACAUACCAUUAAAUAAGGUCUGAUUCUGUAAACUUUUUCAGCGUGCCCUCCCCCUUUGUGUAAGGUGCCCCCCACAAAAAAAAUCUAAAACCUAUUAAUUUGUAUGGCACAAAACAUAUUGGCCCUCAUUUAUCAUUCUUGCGUAGAAACGGGCGUAUAUGUUGGCGUAAGAUUAUGCUUACACUCCUCUCACCGCCUGAUUUAUGAAGCUGUGCGUACCUCUAAAAUUCAGGUGUAAGCAAUACCUGGCCUUCAUAAAUGCCUCGGCUGAAAAUGAUCGUCAUUAGAAUAACACGCCCAUAUAAAUUCAAGUCUCCACCUACCCCACGCCUUCAUUUUACGACAUUGACACAUGGAAGACGGCAAAGAAGAAAAAUAUUGUUUUAUUUGGGAGUUUAAAGAGCGGGAUUAAAGACACAUUAAUAAUUCCAUGACGUUUUGUAAUAUUUGUUUUAUUAUUUUUAUUAUUAAUGACGCUUAAUUGAUAUUUAGAAGAAUAAUUAUUUAUUAAUAUUAUUAUUAUUUAAUGUUGCCUACAUAUAAAUUAUAUGUCUGCUUAAUGGUUCGGUUAAGUUUUUUUUAAAUAAUAUUUUAAAAUGAUGUAGUAACUUUUGUAGUGUGUUGUUCUGUAUUUACAUACAGUUGUUUGUUAGCUAAGAUCCAGUUUGAUACGGAGCUCCGGAUAUAAUAAAAAUUAACAAUUUGUUUCCACAACAUCCACAUGUUUUACUAGGCUAAUUCAUAAUUUGAUGUAAUAAUAAUUGUAAUAGUAAUUACGAAAUAUUAUAAUAAUUAAUUCCAAGGAACAAACUGUUGAAUAUUGGGAACGAAUUUUAUAUUUAUGGCCAUACUUUAGACUAAAUCAGAAAAAGAAGUGUCCAUAAUGUAGCAUAAAAGAUAAUUUGUGGCCAUGAUUUUGUCCGCAUGUCAUCAUGAUCGGAUUUAUGGCUGCAUUCAACACAAGCAUUUUACCUUACCUAUUCAUGUGUAGCUAUUUAUUUAUAAUCGAAUGGUAUGUAACUUGCUUACCUUUUGAUGCAUUAUUACCAUGUUUUCGUAGCACAUCCUUGUGCUUUCUUGCAAUGUGCCACUUCAGAUUCUAGGAAUAUUUGCUAACUUUUACAGUCUCUCCGCACUUCCUUUCAAUGUUUUCUUCCUGUCCAAUCUUAACUUUGAUUUUUACUUUACAUUUAUGUAUAAGGCUUGAAUUCCAAAACUUAUUGCUAGACGUUUUUACAGAUUCUCGAACUAGCAAAUUAUCAAAGGGCGUUCUGGGUUCAACGAGCGGUGGUGAGCGUGCAGAGUUUUUAGAGCGGCGCUUUGAUGGUAAUAUUACCGCACCGCUCAAGGCUCCGCUCCGCUCACAUGCUAUGUCUGAAACGUCAGGUAAAGCGCCCAGGCUCUCAACUGAAGGAAUACAUAUGCCUACAAAUCAAAUGCUUCGGUAAAGUCUCACAAAUUAAACAUUGAAGUACAUGUUGCAUAAAAAUAAACACUGAAGUUUAUAAUUACUAUGUUUUAGUUUUUUUACAGUGGGUCAUAAUAUAUCAUAUAUUUUAGUUUGUCAGUGCGUUUUGUGGUGUUAGGAAUUGUUUGCGCAUUUCUUCACUAACUGAAAAUGUGCGUACACCACCUCCUGAGCUGGCGUAGGAUUUGAGCGUGCCGUAAGCCAACGUCCAUAUUGAUAAAUCUCAAAGUCACCGUGGUUUUGGGUGUACGCCAGGUGUACGCUGGAAAUUUGGUGUACGUACAUUUGAUAAAUGAGGGCCAUUAAGUUCUACAAUGUGGUGCUGUUGGUUAGUAGCAUUAUUUUUCUGAGGUUUAAUCAAACAGAGUUUAUGAUAACGUACUUUACAAAAUUUUAUAAAAUUUGGGGGCCCCAGUUUGAGAACCACUGUUGUAACUAUAAAUAAUACAUUCUAAAAAAAAUGAUGUUAAUUACUUAAUUACUUUGAAUUACUCAUGUUACCCAUCAUCACUGAAAGGGUCAAAUAUGGUAACUCUUUAGGAUUCAAUUCUUGUGUUGCAUUUCAUUUUUAUUCUGUUUUCUAUCUUAUUGAUUAAACCAUAAACAACCUAAGAAUACACCUCUUAAUCUCUAACUAACUUACCUCACAAAAAACAGAUUCCAUGUUUUCAACCUCUGUUAGAUAUAUCCCUCCUUAUUGAUGUUUAUAAGUGUGGAAGACUGACUUAAAGGGGCAAUAAGUAGGAUUUUAAGUGUUAAUUAAUCAAAAUAAAUGUCAUAAAUAUGUCCUCGUUGGUGUCAAAUGACCUCUGCCAGUGAUCUGACUUUUCUUUGUAAGCUUAGAAUUUCUUCUCUUUACUUACAUUGAACGGGUAAGUCCAAGGAGGUAUCAAUAUCGUUCUGCCGUAUUGAUAAACUAUAAUAGCAGAGAGGGACAAAAAGCACUUGCCUACCAACGGGUUUCCAUAACGCGUUUUCAUUCAGAACACGUGAACCAGCUGCAACGGACAAGGAGAUCAGCAAUUACAUAACGGCUACCGUAGUUGCAACACGCAUUUGGAAAGGAGAGGAGCUAGUAAGCACUGUUCGUUUGAAUGCAAAAUACAAUUCCACCACUAGAUGGGGGUAGAUCCUACUGAUUGCCCCUUUAAUAGAAAAAUCAUGGUAACCCAUUAGUAAUUAUUCAAGGAUUACCACACUGUUCUUAAUGAAUUACUUAAAAUCUUGAACAUUAUUUUAAAGUGAAAAACAUGGUAACUUAUUAGUAAUUACUAAGGACUUAAGACAUAAAUCUUAAGAAAUUACUUAAAAUUUUGACCAUUAUUUUAAAGUGAAAAACAUGGUAAUGUACUAGUAAUUAGCACAAUGAAUUAUAAGAAACUGUAUUCUAAGGUACAAAUCAUGGUAAAGUAAAGACACAAUCCUGUACUUUUAUAAUAAUAACACUAUUACCAAUAAAAGAAAUGGUACUGUAAAGGCAUAAAGUAACGUUAUGCAACUUGAAGUGAGUAACAACACAAACAGUAGAGCUGACCUUUGUCUGCACCAAUAUAGAAACAUACGACUCAUAAUAAUGUUUAUAUUUUUAAUCAAUUCUUUAAAAAUACUUAGUUACACAGAUUACUAAAUGUUAAAUAUUUAAUUUAUGAGUAGUCAGUGCCAUAUUUUACAUAACAUUUUACUUAAAUAGGCUAACAUUACUUAUCAUAUCCAACACAAAAUUAUCAACUGGGUCAAUAUAUAAUUGAGGGAGUUUUCAUGUCCAUGAGAUUUAUCUCACAAGCAUGCUUAUUAAAAUAAAAUUUCAAAAGUCUUCAGUGUUCUUCAUGAUCUUGUCUUUACAAAUUCCAUAGUUAAUUAUUAUGGAAAUAAUCAUUUAUAUAUAAAAUUUUACUAGAUAUCCCUAAAAUGUCAACUAAAUAACCGUCCGAAAUGAAUUACAACCACAAUCUCAUUACCUAAAAAAACUUUUUUAAAAACAGUUUUAAUUAUAUUAUUUACAUUAAGUUGAAGUUAUUGUGAACAAUGUGUCUUUUUGGGCAAUAUGUCACAUUUUCAAUAGAAAUUGACAAAUUGAAUAUAUGUCCGAGAAGUCGCUGUCAUCUAAGUUACCCAUAGCAAAUACACCCCUUAAGGAGGAGUGUGUUUUCCAAAUCACAUGACCUGCUCCACAUGAUGUCAUUUCCUCCUGAAGAAAAAACUAGCAAGACUCCCAUGUAUGUUCUCCCUCCACAUUUUCAGUUAUUUCACCUAAAGUAGUGCUUAGGGCAAAUGUGUACUUAUCAUAUGUCAACAAUGUUACUACAAUGAAUUCAUAAAUAUCUUUGAAUUUCAAUUGCACUCAGUUGCACAUAUAAUAUUUAGAAGAACCUCUUUAUAAAAUGCCAUACGGCGUCUGGUGCUAGGCCACCAUUUUGAUUUUGUCCCUAAAAACAGCAAAAAUGUCAACUAGGUUACCAGUCACCUAUGUUACUCUGCAAAGGUAACUUAGUUGACCAAGAGUAAAAUGGUUGACAUUCAUGGCAUGUUCUUAUAGUUUUCAGAAGUUCAUUUAAUAUUCUAACUGUACAGUAACUAUAAAAUACUUUGCAAUAAAUAUUAUUAGUGAUGCACCGAUGUAUCGGCCGCCGAUAUUUAUCGGCCGAUUUUUGAUGAAUUUGAAACCAUCGGCAUAUCGGCAAUAGCACGAGAAAGGCCGAUACCAAUUGUUUAUUAAUUAAAUGCAUAAAGAAAUCCAUUAUAUGUAAAAAAUGAGUUAAUGUUGUUAAUAAAAUAAAUGCUGAAUAGCAAAAACCACCUUUGAAGGUUGUCAUGCUGUCUUAUUAUAUAUUUUUUUUAGCUUAAUUUGUUAAUGUUGGUAAGUUGAAUGUUAAUUAGAUCCAAUCCAUGUUCAGUAAAAAUAAUUUGAUGCAGAAAUAAACUAGCUAAUAGACCAACUGAAUAGUAUUGUAUACAAGUGUUUAAUAUUGGUAUCGGCAUCGGUAUCGGCCAGAAGUUGUCUGUUUAAAUCGGUAUCGGUAUCGGCCUAAAAAAAUCCUAUCGGUGCAUCCCUAAAUAUUAUAAAAGUAAACUUGUUUUCAGGCAAAUGCCACGAUUAUCUGCUGCAGAUAUGACGAUGAGGUUUACCCUGGAACCAUUGUUGAAGUGAGUGAGACACAUGUUCAUGUUAAGUGCAUGCACAGAGUGGGACACAAUCGUUUCUUUUGGCCAAUGCGAGAGGAUGCGCUCUGGUAUCCAUUUGAGGAUGUGCUCAGGUUGAUUCCUGCCCCACAGCACGUGACAGCACGACAUGUUGAAAUAAAAAGAGAUGUGUGGGAAGAUAUUGCCAAAUCAUAUCUUAAUGGCUAAGGACACACACACACACACACGCUAACAAACGUGGCACAAGCACACAGACAUAUAGACAGUCACACACACACGCGCGUGCACACACACACACACACACACACACACACACACACACACGCACACACACACACACACACACACACACAAACACGCAUUCUGGUUUCCAUGUUUUGUGGGGACAUUCCAUAGAUGUAAUGCAUUUUAUACCAUAUAAACUGUAUAUUCUAUUCCCCUUACCUACCCCAGUCCCUAACCCCAACCCCAACCAUUACAGAAAACUUUAUUGUAGCUUAGAUUUUCAAUAAACAUCACUCUGUUGGAUUUAUAAGCUUGUUUCCUCAUGGGGACAUCAAAAUGUUCCCACAAGGUCACAAAAAUACUGGUAUUCCUAUCUUUGUGGGGACAAUUGGUCCCCACAACGUGAUAAUUACCAGGUGCGCACGCACGCACGCACGCACGCACACACACACACACACACAGAUUACUUGAUUGAACUUGACAAAGUCAUUGAAGAAUGGGGGGGGGUUAGAAAAUGGGGAGUGUGUUCUGUCUCUGCCGGUUUCAUGGGUGCCUGUACGUUGGAGGUUAUGCCAAUGAUUUACUUGGGUUCUGACAUAUGAAUGUUUUUGAGAUACAACUGUUUGCACUAUCAAAAUUUUUAUCCAAUACAGCACACUUAUUUUGUUAACCUAAUAUUAUUUUUUGUUCAAUACAAUGCACUACUGUAUUUCAUUCCACAACCAAGAUUUUCUAAAUGUUUACAUGGUGGAAUUUUUGUGUAAGUGCUGUUUUUGAUACUUUUGUUGUUGUUGUUGUUUCCUAUGUUAGGAUCUUGCUUAUGAUAUAUGUGCUUUUUAAUAAAGUUGUUAUUGAUCCUUGUAAACUGAUGUGCGUCUAUAUUUCUCCUAUAUGUCAUGAAAUAUUCAACAGGUCUUGAUUAAAUGCAAUAAAAGAUUAGCUAACAUAUAAUAAUUGAUAUAGUUUAGGAUUGUGUUUGUUAAAUACAUCAUCCUACUUUGUCAUGUCCAGUCAACUAUGUUACUUUUGUCAACUAUGAUACUGGGCUGUCAAUUAAGUUACCAUAAUGUUUUUUUAAAAAUAUAUGUAUUUCAAUGGUUCCCUAAUCUCCAAGUAAAUAUUUAAAAACUGAGUAGCUGUCAAAUAUAUACCUCAGCAUAAUUUUAUCAAGAAAAUUAUCAUGAAUCAAGCAGUUUGGAAACAAAAUAUACAGACUCGUUACUUCAGUACUUGAAAUUUGGGGUUUAAAUUGAACAAAAUGUGUAUUUUCUUAAUUAAUUGGGUAUUUUAAUUGAAAAGGUAGGUAAAUAGACACAUAUUCUUCCAAGAGCAAUGAUUUUUUUUAAAUGUCUGCCAUUUACAUAAAGUUAAAACUUAUAGGUUUUGUUCCGUAACAUAG